AUGAGUAUAUUAGACGUACCAAACAUGGAAGGGACUUCAACAAUGACGGUUACCUCACAUAGUUCGGAAGACUCCAGUUGUAUCUCAAACCACGAACAGGAUGUCGACACUCAUAACGAAAGCAAUACGAGUGGGAUGGAAAACAAUAAAAUUUCCAAAAGAAAAUGGAUGAAAGAGUUUUUCAAGCUUUCCAAAUCCCCAGCUACAAGAAGCAACCAGAGUUUAAGUUCCAUGAAAAGUAACCAAAGUUUGAUUUCAAUGAAGAGUGGCAAUAAUGGCAAUAGUUCUACUAAUGACUGUUCUUUUACUUGUGACAACAGUUAUUUCUCUGCGGGUUUGAGCCGUUCUAAUAGUGUGAAAGAGUUGAAAUUAGAUCCAUCUGCAAAUCAAAGAUCGAAGAACAAUAUGUCUUCCGUAGCGCCUUCUUCUAUGCCACCACAGACAACUACCUCUUCAUCAUCAUCAUCAUCAUCUUCUUCUUCUUAUGACUCUAUAAAGAAAAAUGACAAUAGUAUUAGAUUACAAAAUAAUAACCAUCCUAGAUUUAACAAAGAAGUCCCACAAAGCAGGGAAAGUUCAAACGUGAUUUCUGCGUCCGUCAUGAGCCAAUACAAUGUCGAUACUCAAGCAACGGCUAUAAUGAGCGACGUACAAAAGCAAUACGAAGCACAGCAGAUGACAUCACUGUUCAUAAACGAGGCUUUAUUGAUUGAUCCAAACGGGAAAGUUUCAGAGGUUAUAAGAUCAAUUUUCAAAGAAAUCGGCUACAAAUAUGAUGACUUCAGUGAUGUUCCGGUUUCUCAAUUAAUACAGGAAAUGUAUCAAUUAGUUAAGAAAACUUCCAAUGCUAGAAGAACGAAAUUGACAGCUUAUGCUUCCAAACUGAAAGAGAAGGAGAUGCAAGUAAAAAGCCAGAACGAGAAAAUUCUCAAACUAGAAACGACAAACAAAGCAUAUAAGACCAAAUACAAGGAAAUAUCUCUGGAAAAUAAAAAAAUAAAAGAGGCAUUCAAAGAACUAGACAAUGAAUCAUAUGAUCAUGAUGAAGAAUUAUUAAAGAAGUACAAAUAUACUAAAGAAACUUUAGACAGGGUUAACAGAGAACAGCAGCUAGUCGAUGAUCAAAACGAGUUUUUGAAAAAAAGUGUUAAUGAACUGCAAAAUGAGGUUAAUGCCGCUAACUUCAAGUUUUCCUUAUUUAAGGAGAAAUAUGCUAACUUAGCUGAUAGCAUUACUGAAUUGAACACCUCCACAAAAAAAAGGGAGGCCCUGGGGGAGAAUCUAACUUUUGAAUGCAAUGAACUGAAGGAAAUAUGUCUGAAGUAUAAAAAAAACAUUGAAAACAUAUCGAAUACCAACAGGAAUUUGCAAAAUUCAUUUCAAAAUGAAAGAAAAAAAGUUCUAGAUUUGAGAAACGAGAGAAAUUUGUUGAAAAAGGAAAUUCUAUUAAUUGAGUGUCAUGGUUCAUAUUCCCUACUCCUUGUAUCUAAUAUUCUAGCAUGUUAUCGGUUCCUACUGCCAAGCGAAACCAUUAUUGAAACUGAAGCUUUGAUAAGGGAAUUGCUGAAUAUGAAUAACUCUUUAUCAAAUCACGUAUCUUCUUCUGACCAGUCUCCUGCCGAGUUUUCAAAAAGCUUAGAAUCAAAAUGUAUAGAGUUUGAGGAAAAGCUACUCUAUUUUUACCAAGAAGUUGUGACAAAAAAAAUUACUGAUAUCAUUUACAAGUGCUUCAUCACCUACUAUAAGAAAAGCAGGCAAAACGAACCAAAACCCAGCCAAACCUCUAACACACCGUACAAACAAAGCCAGAGACAAGUUCCGUACUCCAUCAAAUGA